AUGUUACCAACCAGUAGACCAUUUAUAUGGAUCAGAUUUGGAGAAAACAAAAAAGUAUUAGUCAAUAUGUGGUGUUCCUUUGAAAUUCUACUCAACUAUAUCGUAACCGCUUGCGACAUAGACCCUGAAAUCACAUUUGACUUAUGUGACACUUCGGGAAGGCUUUUAGGAUUAAGUGAUUCACAAAAUUACCAGCAAACUGUUCAAAGUCUUGAAGGUGGUGGCGUCUACAUUCUUGUAGCUAUUGAAGGUAAACAUAAUAGUUAA